AUGCGUUCCGCUCAAUUCCUUGCCCUCGCGAUGGCCGUCGCUACCUCCGAGGCCGUCUCUCAGGGUUUCAACUACGGUGCUCUCAAGGUUGACGGCACCGUCAAGACCCAAUCCGACUUCGAGACCGAGUUCGCAACUGCUAAGAACCUCGUUGGAACCGACAAUGCCUUCACCAGCGCCCGUCUGUACACCAUGAUCCAGGGUGGCACAACCAACGGCCCCAUUGAGGCCAUCCCCGCCGCUAUCAAGGAGAAGACCACUCUUCUCCUUGGUCUUUGGGCUUCCGGUGGUGACAUGGCCAACGAGAUUGCCGCCCUCACAACCGCCAUCUCCACCUACGGCAGUGCCUUCACAGACCUUGUCGUCGGUAUCUCCGUCGGCAGUGAGGAUCUUUACCGUAACUCCGUCACCGGUGUUCAGUCCAACGCCGGUGUCGGUGUCAAUCCCGCCGACCUUGUCGACUACAUCACCCAGGUCCGCUCCGCCAUCUCCGGUACCUCCCUGAGCGGUGCCUCCAUCGGCCACGUCGACACCUGGAACUCGUGGACCAACGGCUCCAACUCCGCCGUCGUCGAGGCCGUCGACUGGCUCGGUUUCGAUGGAUACCCCUACUACGAGAACACCGACCCUAACUCCAUCGAUGACGCCAAGGCCCUCUUCAACAAGGGCGUUGAGAAGACUAAGGCUAUCGCCGGCGGUAAGGAGGUCUGGAUCACCGAGACUGGUUGGCCCACUACCGGCGCCACCGAGAACCUCGCUGUCGCCAACGUCGCCAACGCCAAGCAGUACUGGGAUGAGGUCGCCUGCCCUCUCUUGGGUGUCACCAACACCUGGUGGUACAUUCUCGAGGAUGCUGGCACUACCUCCCCCAGCUUCGGUGUCACUGGUUCCUCCACUGACACUACUCCUCUGUACGACCUGAGCUGCAAGGCCUCCACAUCUUCCAGCUCUGCUAUCGCUUCUGGUACCUCGACCGCCAGCCUCGGCGAGAAGUCCGGUGUCAUCUCCGGCUCUUCUGCCUCCGCUACUGGCUCCGCCUCCUCCGGCUCUGGUGCCUCUGGUUCCGGCUCUAGCUCUGGCUCUGGCUCUGGUUCCUCCGGCUCUGGCUCCAGCUCCGGCUCUGGUGUCUCCGGCUCCGGCUCUGGAUCCUCCCCCGUCGGUGCUUACUCCGCAUACGUGACCCCCGGUGUCCGCCCCUCCACCAAGCCCAAGUCCAAGAGCGCCUCUGUCUCCGCCUCUGCUUCCGGAUUCGCCUCUAGCACUGCUUCUGGUUCAUCCGCUACCGCCACUGGUAGCAGCAACGGCUCUGGAUCCUCCACCUCUGGUUCCGGCUCCGGCUCCAGCUCCGGCUCUUCUUCCUCUGACUCUGCCUCCACCUCCUCCAGCGUCCCCUCCAGCUCUGCUACCCGUGUCGCCGGCUCUGCUGCCGGUGCCCUCAUUGCUGCUCUCGCUCUUGCUUUCACUUUCUAA